AUGGUUUUCUACCUUAACCUGCAAGGGGGACGAAAGGAGGCGAAGUGGGCGGAAUUAUUCCUCCUACUACAGAAAGAGAAUGUAACGGUGGCCUGCCUGACUGAAACUCACCUACGUGACGAGGAGACACCUCCUCCAAACAGGCAGUUUGUCUGGUCAGGCCUAAACCGCACUAAGGGAGAAAGAAAAGGCGGGGGCCUUGGUUUUCUCACCAAGGUAGACACACAAUGGGACAGAGUCCAAAGAGACUGUGAGGAGCACAUGUGGCUCACAGGAGAGAUUGGAGGAAUUGAGAUUGCCCUGGGGCUGUUGUACCUCUGGACGGGUAGGGAAGUGCACCAAAGGAACACAGAGAGCCUGGCCUGUCUGGAAAAAGACAUUACACAGAUAAACAGGCCAGUGGUAGUAGUGGGGGAUUUCAAUGCCCACAUAGAGGCAUUGGAUGGUACCACCGACAGCGCGGGCAGGCUGCUGCUUGAAUGGACUGAGCGGCUGGGCCUAACUUUGCUCAAUGCAACUGAAAAGUGUAUGGGAAGGAUAACAUGGGCCGUACGCGGUAUGUCCUGCAUUGACUACUGCUUCCUGUCCCCUGUCCUUCUCCCAAAGCUGUCGUAUAUGAGCAUCGAUAGCACUGGUGAGCGAAGCCUGGGGACUGACCACCACAACAUCUUUCUGUGUUUUGGGACUAACCCCCCAGAAACGAAGCGCGAUGCCCAUGCAGGUAACCUGAGGCCUCUGUCUGAUGAGGCCUUGGAAAGGGUGGUGGAUCAGCUCGAGGAAGAUGCACCUCGUAUGGAAGGGCAGGGAUACGUGGAGCUGCAACAGUGGAUCAGGCGGACAAUACAGGAUGAAGCGGGAGCCGGACGAGUGACGAGGGGGCGGCACCGACGGAAGGCCUCGUGGGAUGGAGAGGUUGCCGAGGCCCUGGCUCAACGCAAACAAUGCUGCAGACGUCACCGGCAUGCUUUGGGGCGCGGAGCGGAUGAAGCCGAACUUUCUGCACUGUGGUCUUUGUACCUAGAGGCAAAAAAGGAAAUGGCUUCGAUGGUGCAACGUAAAAUGAGCACGGUCAACAAGAAGCUGCUGCAUGCCAUAAAGGAAGCGGGGCGUGACUCGAGCAGAAAGUUCUGGCAGUACAUAAAGACCCAGCAGACGAACUCCGAUCUCCCUAGCCAUCAGCUGAGGGAUCCGGAAUCAGGGAGGGUAAUGGAGGGCGAGGAGUGCCUGCACCUGAUACAAAGGGGCAUGGCCUCCAAGCUUCAAUCUACGGUGGGCUGCCGGGAGGAGGACGAGCUGGCAUCGGCACCGCCACGUUGUGACAGCAUCACCCAGCGGGAGCUGGACAGAGCGAUAGGUCGCCUGGCGGGCAGUUCGGCGGCUGGCCCAGACGGGAUUCCCCCUGGGCUGCUAAAGCGCACAAAAAGGCAGACUCGGGAAGUCCUUUUGGAGACACUGAAUGGAGUGCUAAUAUCGGGGAAAAUACCGCAGGCCUGGAGAUGUAUGAGGGUGCGCCUGAUAUGGAAGCGGGGAACGGAUAGGGAGCUGCUGGACAACUACAGGCCCAUCACCGUGACAUCAGCUAUGUAUAGGCUGUUUUGCCACGUUAUCAAGGCGAGACUACAGCGAUGGGCGGAGGAACAUGUCCUAGGAGAGCUGCAAAAUGGGUUCAGGCCUGGCCGUUGCCUGGAAAACAACCUAUUUGUUGUCACCCAGGUGAUGGAAAUUGCAGUAAAGGAAGAGCGCCCCCUCCUGUUUGCUUUCCUCGACAUAUCUCAGGCUUACGACAGCAUUGAGCAGGACAGGCUAUGGCAAAUCUUGCAGGUGCUUGAUAUGCCAGAGGAGUGGCGCAACCUACUGCAGCGCCUUUAUGCAGACGCCGAGGCAGUGGUUCAGUGGGGCAACUUGAUCACUCCUCGGAUUCAGGUGUCUAGGGGACUCAGGCAGGGCUGUCCGAUGUCACCACUGCUCUUUAUGCUGUACGUGGCCGGAAUGGAGAGGAAGCUUUCAGAGUCUGGACUGGGGUUCAAUUUGAACUACCUAGAGGAGGGUUUUCAGAGGGUACGAAGGCUGCCUGCCCUCUUCUACGCAGAUGACAUAGUCCUGCUGGCGGACAAUGCGCCCUAG